AUGUCUUCGAGCUCGGCACUAGAAGGUUCUAAUAAAACAGCUGUCAAAUCUGAGACUAGGCUCACAUUUGGUAUCGAGAUUGAAUAUCUCUUAGCUACUGUUCAUCCCUUGAAUCCUGCUCCUCAUCCAAAGGAUCCACGUGAGAAAGACGGAAAAAAAUUAGAUGGCAUGGACAAAGUUAACGAGAACAUUGGCGAAAAACUCAAGGCUAAGGGUAUACCAGUAACAACAACUGUGUGGGAAACGGAUACAUCACCGAGUGAUGCAGAAUUAAGAACUAAAUGGCACCUUAAAUCUGAUUCGAGUGUCACCCCAAAAGAGCGAAUUCACCCAGAUUAUAGAGAAUUCGGUAUGGAAAUAUCAUCUCCACCCUACUAUUACGAUCAGGCUUCACGAGAACUUAUUCCAGUAGUCUUAAAGACAUUAAGAAAUAACUAUCUAGUUCGAGUUAAUGACAGUGCGGGCUUCCACGUUCACGUUGGUAACGAGUAUGAUGGAUUUUCUUUCCCAGUAUUUCGCAACCUGGUUGCAAUUUUGUAUACUUACGAACGGCAGAUUCGGCUUAUGGUCUCUGCCGAGCGAGUGCAGACUUCACAAAUAUUUUGCCGAUCAUUUACCUGGUGCACUUUCGCCACGAGUGCCCCAGAUAUCACACGUCUCGAAUUUCUCAACCACAUUCUUUCGUACCAAAACCAAGACGACUGGAAACAAUUUUGGACUGAUAUGACAGCGGGCGUUGGAGCACGACUUGCAUUCAACUUGGUCAACUUGAAACUCCCGUACCAGUCUGAAAAACGUACCAUCGAAUUCCGUCUCCAUCCCGGAACCCUAGAUCCAGAGGUCAUGCUCCACUGGAUCCACUUCUGCAUCAAAGUCACGGAGAAAGCAUGUCUCAUCAAAGACGAAAACGAACUCUACGAGCUACUCAGGCGCGAUGUCGAAAAACCCAUUGGCACCGCCGGAGAAGACUGUAGCACGGUUGAUUUUCUCAUGUGGCUCGGCUGUCCGGCGCAGGCGUAUUACUAUGGUGCGCCCCUAGUCGCAGAUCAGCAGGGUCUCAAAGAUCGUAUUCAAGAGGAUGAGAGGAUGGAACAGGUUAGUCGGGCUUUGGCGGUGCUGAAGAGGAAGCAGUGGGAAGAGAGGAGGAGGAGAGCGCAGCAUGCGAGAGAUUUUCCUGGGGAUGAUGCGGAUUUCUCGGAGGUGGAGUCGGAUUAG